UGCUCAUGGAGGAUAGGUCAUGUUAGUUGUUACUUCUGUGAUAAAAGACUGUGAAGUGUUGUGAAGUGUUAUCCAGACAGCAGACUGUAUACUAGCAGUUUCGUGGUAAUGCUAAGUAAGGACCCUGUAUAAAUGAACGGCACAACAUUGGUCACAGAGAUGGGUUGGAAUUCUCCAGAACAAACUCUUUUCUGCCAGCCGUCUUGGAGGGUCGUGGAGAACCGAUAUGGCACUACAGAAGACACAUUAUGUAUGGAGAAGUGCAUACCCAUUAACAGUAACAUAAAAGGGUUAUGUACCUCUACCUCUACAAGUAACCUGGCUCUUCUUCGUGCAAAGGUAGACAAGAAACGCCAAGUACCGAAUCAUUCCCAACCGGUGAAAGACAAUGGACACCGCAUACCAGGAAAAGUCCCCGGGACCAAAGUCUUGUCAAGUGACAGAAGAGAUACUUUAGAUUCAAAGUUUAAAAUCAAAAAGAUAUUCCUGAGGUGCUACACAUGUCAUAAGGAGUGUGUUGACAACCACUUUACAGAACACCUCUUCUUUGGAGAAGCGACAUGUACAAUGUGUGAACUGAGAGUUACUUCAUGUGAACAUUUUCGAGAAGAAUCUUUGAGUAGCACCUGUUGUCACAAAUUUAAGUUUAGCAGACCCUUCAAGUAUCUAUACAACAGAAUAUCAUAUAGCCUCAGUGGUAGGGACUGUGAUAAAAUUCAGUCUACUAGGGUUGCACUUAGGCUUUCGUCAUACUUGUCUAAACUGAAGUCACUCAGAGGGAAGGAUCCUUGGAUGUUGGCCAUUUCACAGUGCAAGAAAGGAUUAGACAAGCUUCGGUUUCAAAAAAUACUCCAUAUUGCUAAUUCAAGCAAGAGGGAAAGUACAAAUUUUAGUUCGGUGCUUUCUAGUAAUGGACGUGCACCAUUUACGAGUAAAGGUGUACCUAUAUCUAAGAAACCGAGAGACUCUUCAGUUACAUCAGAAUCCUACAAAAUUAGCAACGCACCCAAAUGUCCUACAGCUGAGGGCUCUUCAACACAGUCCUGCUUCACGGAAGGUAGCAAGCCAAUGGUAUCCUAUUCACCCCGAUCAUCUCAUGCGGUGCAGAUGGAAGAGUCUGUGCCAUCGUUGGAACCCAAACAACCUGAAAUAAUCAUAACUGGGUUCCUGGAUACCCCCAAAGACGGCUACUACUAUGUGAGUCGUUGUGCCAUUGAGGAGUGUCCAAUGUGUUAUGAAGAGCUGUGCCCCUCGAGAUUCACCGUCAAUGUCCAGACCUUCCUCUUGACUACAAUAUGCACUGGCUGUGGUCUCACCAUAUAUGUGAUAUUUGAUCCCCCCGAUGGCUCAGUGCCGAAGGUGGCCAUAGUAACGGAGAACCAGUUCCGUGAGACAAAACCUAAAGUGAAAUCUCCGUACAGAAGAAAAAAAGAAAAGACUUGAAAAAUUGGUAAUGAGACAGUGUCCAUAUGAAAAAAAACAUGUAUAUUUAUAUAUAAAGAAUAAAAAAAAAUCCCUGAAUUGAGAUCUUUUGCUAACCCUGUAA